AUGGUUGCUUUGAAUCUGCCCGCUGACGUUUUGGCCAGCGCCGAUGGCUCUCGCAAGCUUUUCAACAAGUGGUCGUACGAGGAUGUUGAAGUGAAGGACAUCUCCCUUCAAGAUUACAUUCAAGUCCGUCAGCACGUCUACUUGCCUCACACUGCUGGUCGUUUCGCUGUCAAGCGUUUCCGCAAGGCUCAGUGCCCCAUUGUUGAGCGUUUGACCAACUCGCUCAUGAUGCACGGUCGCAACAACGGCAAGAAGUUGUUGGCUGCCCGCAUUGUCCAGCACGCUUUCGAGAUCAUCAACUUGUUGACCGACCAAAACCCCAUCCAGGUUCUCGUUGAUGCUAUCAUCAACACUGGUCCCCGUGAAGACUCCACCCGUAUCGGUUCCGCCGGUACUGUCCGUCGUCAGGCCGUUGAUGUCUCCCCUCUCCGUCGUGUCAACCAGUCCAUUGCCUUGUUGACCACUGGUACUCGUGAGGCUGCUUUCCGCAAUGUCAAGACCAUUGCUGAAUGUCUUGCUGAUGAGUUGAUCAACGCUGCCAAGGGUUCUUCCAACUCGUACGCUAUCAAGAAGAAGGACGAACUCGAGCGUGUUGCCAAGUCUAACCGUUAA